AUGUCAACUGACGCACAGCCGCAACCAGCUGCGCAGGGAAAUGGCGAGCUGGCACCAGUAGCUGAUGGUGUUGCUGACCCCAACAAUCAAGAGCAACAACAGCAACGGCAACCCACUAAAAUGGAGUCUUUCUUUGCAAUGACGAAAUCAUUGAUAUUACGUGCUCUUAUAAUUUAUUUCAUAAGUUCAUUUUUCCGCCGACCUCAACCAGCAACUAAUGAAGCAAGUGAGCAAAAAGCUAAAAAUCUUGCCCCGCGUGUGAACGCAUGGAAUUACUUCGAAAACGGUACUCUUUUUGAUUUGCAUGUUUGGCUGUCGGAACAUUCAGAUGAUGUAGACUUCAAACAAAAAUCGAAUUUAAUAUGGUUACAAGAAGAUCUUGUAUAUGGCGAUUGGUCAUCGGGACCAAAACGUGAUGGUAUUUAUACGCAUAAUUUAAAAGUAAAAGCAUCCAAAUCGUUGAUGAACAAUGGCAGCAUUUAUUUGCAUACGUUUGUUACACGUGCUGGAGAGAGUCCUAACCCGGACGCAGAUAAUUAUGCGAAAAAAGGAAUGAUGGGUUACCAACACAGAAUUCUUAAUAAAUACAAGCGAAUACGCGUUAAUCGCAACUAUAAUCUUCUUGGAGGAGAGAAGGAAAGAUUGGCUAAAGAGCUGGAACAAGCAAACCUUAAAGAUACCAUAGUUUCACAUUGGCAUCCAAAUAUAACUAUAAACUUAGUGGUUGAUCAAACCAAUUGGGCUGCAGGUACGGUACCACCACCUUUAGAUGAGUACGUCAAGUUUGUAGAUGGUGGUAAAACGUAUUUGCCAAUUGUAUUUAUCAAUGAUUACUGGAAUUUGCAACGUGAAUAUUUCCCAAUAAAUGAAACCACUCCCGAUUUAGAUUUACAUAUAACUUUCCAACCUUUGAGUAUGUUCAAAUGGCAAUUAUAUGCCGCACAACAGAUGAAGAACAAAUGGGGUGGAAAUAUGCUCGGAGAACUAAUGACAGCUGGUGCUCCUGAGGAGUCGGAUGAAGAUCAAGAUUCAUUGAAAGAAACACUCCUUGACACAAAUAUAUAUUUGCUGGGACUCACAAUUGCUAUAUCAAUUUUGCAUUCAGUGUUCGAGUUGUUGGCUUUCAAAAAUGAUAUACAGUUCUGGAACAACCGUAAGUCGCUGGAAGGCCUUUCAGUGCGCUCCGUCUUUUUUGGAGUAUUUCAGUCGUUAAUUGUGCUACUUUACGUUCUGGACAAUGAAACCAAUUUCAUGAUUCGAGUUUCAUGCUUUAUUGGAUUAGGCAUUGAAAUUUGGAAAAUCCACAAAGUUGUCGAUAUCGAUUACAACACUGACCAGAAAAUUUUGGGCAUACUCCCCAAAAUUAGUUUCCAAGAUAAAGGUUCAUAUGCGGACAGUAAUACAAAGGAAUAUGACAAUCUUGCCUUCAAAUAUCUGGGCUGGGCAUGUUUCCCACUGCUAAUUGGAUAUUUCAUCUACUCUUUAGUAUAUAACCAGCACAAGGGAUGGUAUUCAUUUGUGCUGAAUAUGCUGUAUGGCUACCUCCUAACAUUUGGCUUCAUUAUGAUGACGCCUCAGUUGUUCAUCAACUAUAAACUAAAGUCCGUAGCACAUUUGCCGUGGCGUAUGAUGACAUAUAAAUUCCUCAACACAUUUAUAGAUGAUAUAUUUGCUUUUGUGAUCAAAAUGCCUACUAUGUAUAGGUUGGGAUGUUUCCGUGACGAUAUUAUAUUCUUCGUAUUCUUGUAUCAGCGCUGGCAAUAUCGCGUUGAUUACAAGCGUGUAAAUGAAUUUGGUUUCUCCGGAGAAAUGGAGGAAGAAGCGUCGAAAAAGAGACUUGAAGCUGCGGCACCUGUGUCAGAGCAACAAGCGGAAAAGGCGGCUAUCGAAAAUACGCCGAAAUCGGCAGCCGAAAAGAAGGAGGACUAAGUAUUGUCGCGUAUCUGUAAAUGUUAGAUAAUUUAAACCGAGUUUUCCAAAUCCACACAAAAGUGGAUAUUUCAUGUAUGAAUGAGAUUUUCUGUGAAAAAGUCAUAUCUUUGUGUUCUCUAAAAAUUUCAUUUCCUAUAUAUUAGCAAAUUGAUUUAGAGAUAAGUUGCUAUUCGCAAUUGUAUAUUGAAAAGCAAAAGGCAAAGUAUAAUCAUUUAAUAAAGACAUACAUACAUACAUAUGUACUAUUCCUAAA